AUGCUGUCUGAGGGCGCAGACUUCUCGGGUCAAGGCCGUGUGUCUGUUGGUAGUCUGGUGCCUCUGAACAUGUUGUCUGGGCUCUCCCCUGAGAUGGCGUCGUCUCUGCGGCCUUCGAGAGUCUCGCCUGGCAGUGAACAGGACACGGAAAUGCGUGCCGAGGCGGAGAACGAGGAGGCAGUCGCCUGCGUCGCAGAAACCUGCACGGACAGCGAUGUCUGUGCGGAGCUAGACGGAGGUUCAGUGUCGUGUGAAACCCACGUGACUUCGACUCCGGUGGCCACCACGGGAGGCGAGGACGGCGAUAGUCAGGGGUCGUGCUCAGACACGGACGGCGCUGAGAGCGACGACUUCAGCACCUGCGUGGUGUCUGUACAGCCGAGCGCGGGUUUCACGGACGAGGCCGGUGUGUGCAGGAAGAGUGAGUCCGCGUUCUUCGGAGCCCGCAGCAGUUGUCACGUGCGCGUGGCGCACGACCCAAAUGAUCCAGAGAGCGUCUCAAACGGCGAUGACGAAGCCGUCCCCACUCCGCAGUGUCGUCUGUCCAUCGGAUUGACUCCGAAGGACCAAGCGAUGACCCCGCUCGAGUUCGAGGGCGAGGAUAGUGACCACGGUCUGCUGGUUCUCCACGAAGAGGACGGGCCGACCUGUUGCCAAGAUGCUACCGACGACGCCGAGGACGACACGCCCCGAGGCGGUCCGCUCUACCGCGGCGAGUCGGACUGUAUUGGCAGCUACUGCGGCUUCGAGCGGCACCGGGAAGAGGGCGAAGAGGCAGGGGAGACAGACAGGUCUUUGGGCGAAGCUGCAACGGGACUUUCGUGUUUGCCGGAGGAGAACGACGACCCGUCUGUGCCGGACACUCCGAGAGGUUGCCUGUGUCGAGUCAACGUCGACUUUGAAGGGGGCGUGGACAACUGCUGUGUGUGGAGCAAAAGCGAGUGCGGAGUGGAGCUGCAUACAGCGGACAAGACUAUGGGCAAACUGUUCACCUCCUUGGAGUACUUUCGCCACCAAGAACAGAGUUGUUCGCUGGAGUCGGAUCCGUAUGAAAGCGAAGACGAGACAGCGCAUGAGCACACAUACGCGUCACCCAGGUGCUUCCCCAGCAUGCCCCCGGAGGAGGCGUUUUCGCGGCAAGAAACGGUGUUCAUCUUCGACUGGGACGACACUCUUUUGCCGAGUUCCUGGAUCAGUCAGAAGGGGUUGACGCUUGAGAGCGCAGAAUCAGAAGUCAGCCUGUGGCGGAUGAAACUCGCGCAAACGGCCAUGUGGGCGGAGCAGACGCUCUUCACAGCGAGAACCUUGGGCCAAGUGAUCAUCGUGACCAAUGCGGAGAGCGGCUGGAUCGAUCUCUCAUGCAGCAAAUUCCUACCCGGCCUUCGAGAAAUGCUCAACUGCUUCCCCAUCGUCUCUGCUCGAAGCAUGUACGAAAGCGCCUGGUGCAACACUCCUUUCCUGUGGAAGGAGGCGGCUUUCAUGCACGAACUCCAACGUCACUUCCGGAUGGAGAGCAAACGCUGGAAUGUUAUCUCUGUGGGAGAUAGCACCCAUGAACGGGAAGCUCUGCUGGCUGUUUGCAGUCGCCUGCGCAAGAUGUACCACGUCACGACAAAAUCGCUGAAACUGCUUGAGUCACCAGCGGUGGAGGAACUCCACAGUCAACAUGAGCUCAUGUCCAAGUGUCUCGCUGCUGUCGCUCGACACAAAGGAAACUUGGAUCUGUGCGUAACGAAUGCCGCAGAGCCUGAGAUUGAUCCCGCAGCUGUAAAGCUUCCGCCGGCUCUCCAGGGACGUACUGUUGGUGUUCAUCGCAUUCGCCAUCAUCCGUUGUCCCAGGAACUGAUUGGUCGUGCUUAA